AGAGCACGUAGCGGAUUGGAAAUGAGGAAAUAUGAGGAAAUGACAGCGCGUGAGAUCAUCGCCUCCCCACAGCUGCUGCUGCUGAACAACUCAAGCGUUUUCCUCAUUUCCAACAAAACACACGAACCGAGAGGAGGCUUUAAUUUAACUGCUCUAAUAAUAAAGUGAGAGAAGUCGUGAUGGGGCGGGUGGUCUUCCUCCUCCUCCUCUUCCUCCAGGUUUUGGGAUCUGCGCACAGCAGGUGUUUCUGUCAGGUCACAGGUGAACUGGAUGACUGUGCCUGCGACGUAGAGUCCAUCGACAGUUUCAACAACGAGCAGCUUUUUCCCAAACUUCAAACUCUUCUGGAGUCUGACUACUUCAGGUUCUACAAAGUGAACCUGAACAAGCCGUGUCCUUUCUGGGCGGCUGACAGUCACUGUGGUCUGAGAAACUGUGCUGUGAAGCCCUGCUCCCCUAACGAGGUUCCUGAGGGACUCCGAUCGUCUCCGCACAGCAAGUAUUCUGCAGAGGCAAAAAAGGAGCAGCUGGAUGAAUGUGAGAAGGAGAAACAUCUUGGAGCUGUAGAUGUCUCUCUAAGUGAGGAGACCCAAGAGGCUUUAUUGGAUUGGAGGAAACAUGAUGAUGAGGCAGAGCGGUUCUGCGUGAUUGAUGAUGAGGAGUCACCGGACUCCCAGUAUGUGGAUCUGCUGCUGAACCCGGAGCGCUACACGGGCUACAAUGGCCCGGAGGCGUGGCAGAUCUGGACUAGCAUCUAUGAGGAGAACUGCUUUAAACCUUUUACCAUUAAGCGGCCGCUAAAUCCCAGCUCCUUUCAGAGCAGUUCAGGAAUUGAAGCUAGAACCUUCUACAGCUGGCUGGAAGGGCAGUGUGUGGAGAAGAGAGCUUUUUACCGUCUCAUCUCUGGUCUGCACGCCAGCAUCAGUGUGCAUCUGAGUGCCCGCUACCUCCUGAAUGACAGCUGGUAUGAGAGUAAGUGGGGACACAAUGUGUCAGAGUUCAGGCAGCGCUUCGACUCUGAUCUGACCGCUGGUGAGGGCCCCAAGAGGCUCCGCAACCUCUACUUCCUGUAUCUGAUAGAACUUCGAGCUUUGGCCAAAGUUCUCCCCUUCUUUAAGCAGCCGUCCUUCCGGCUGUAUACGGGCCGACUAGGGGAAGACCAGAAACACAAAGAGCUGCUUCUUGACAUCCUGCAGCUGGCCAGAUCUUUUCCGCUGCACUUUGAUGAAACUUCCCUGUUUGCUGGAGAUGAAAAAGAAGCUGCUAAACUGAAGGAGGAUGUAAGACUGGCCUUUCGCAACAUCUCAAAAAUCAUGGACUGUGUUGGCUGCUUUAAAUGUCGGCUGUGGGGAAAACUACAGACUCAGGGAUUAGGAACAGCGCUGAAGAUUCUGUUUUCAGAGCGACAGAUUGAAGCGCUGCCCCAUUCCAGAGGGCAACGACCCAGUUUCCAGCUCAGCCGGCAGGAGGUCAUCUCCCUCCUCAACGCCUUUGGAAGAAUUUCAACAAGCAUUAAAGAGCUGAACACCUUCAGAUCACUGACUGGCGAGGAGAUGACAUAGAGGCCUUUUUAGGGUUUGAUCCACCAACUGCAAACUGGAUGAUCACUUUAAAACUGCUGUAAUGAGACUGUUAGGAAAACUCAUCUGUGAUUGGCGGACAUGUUUUUUUUCUUUAUUUAUGUUGGCUUUAAAUUAAAUAGAUUUAUAUGACCUUUAAAUGUCCAUCAUGUUGCUUAAUGUGUGUGGGUAGUAUAAAAUUACUGUAUUUGGAUGACUUUUAUGAAUCUGAAAGGUGUAAAUUAUUUCUAUAAAAUGUAAGAUUAAAAUGUCUUCAUAUGAAGUCUGCAGUGGACUUCUGUCUAGUACUGCCUCUGUCCUGUGGAUGGCGCUGUUUGUUUAAAAACUUGUCCUACCCAGUUCAAACCAAAGUCAAUUUCAUAAUAGAAAAAAUUCUUCUCUCUUUCUUCAAGUUGCUCUACAUUUAUGGCUUAAAGAUGAGUUCAGCUCUUAAUAUUAUUUCACAUUUCUGGCAGGUUGCAUUGUCCUUUGUUAACUUGUAUGAGAUUUUUUUUGUUAAACUGUUUACAAACAAUAAUGGGCUUCAUGAUAAUUAUGUUACUUUGGUUUUUUCCUGUUAAUAAAGACAGAUUUAAGUAGG